CCCUGAUCACCACGACAGUAGAUUGGAAGACGCGUCCGGAAAGAGCCCCAUCUUCCCCCUCUGCUCACUACGCUUGCUCGGAAGCAAGCCCCAUUCAGACGUGCAGGGACCCACAACAAUCGUGUUUGAGUCCCUCGCGAAGCCAGGAUCAAGCUACAAGCCGCUUACUCCAGA